UUUUAGAUUUAGGAUAGUAGCCGAUACUGCAGGGAAGUUCCGUUGAGUCGCUGAAUAUUCUUAAGUUAACUUGUACAUUGAACUCCAGAUGUCAUCAUUUGUCGAGUCGACAAGAGAAAAAAGAUGAUGUAUAUUAAUAUAUGCCUUAAUUAUUGGAAAAGAUGUAUACUUCACAGUCUAGCAUUGUGUAGACCUCAAUGUGCAUUCUAUGCUAGUGACAUUAUACAAGAACAUACUCAUCAUUCAGCAAUUAAAGAGAGACCUUUUUACCAGAGCAUCGUAAAGCAAGGGACUUUAUACAGGUUACCUAUAAAAGAGACCAUUUUACAAAAGCAGGUCAUUGCUAGUAGUUUAUUCAACUCUGUUCUUGGCGCACACAUUGCAAUGAAACUUGUUGGCGGUUCUGCCAAGUACUUGUAUGUUCCAAAACCCAAACAACCCAAAACAUCAAGUGAGGUUGAUAUUACGAAUCAUUUUGUAUCUCUAAUCCACGCCUGCAAAAACACCCACCAACUCAAACCACUUCACGCACACAUUAUUCGCCACCACCUUUCAUCAAACAGUUGGCUGGUCACUCAACUCAUCUCUUUCUGUUCUUUACGAAAAUCUAUUCACUAUGCUCUUUCUAUCUUCAAUCAUUUUCUCAAUCCCAAUUUGUUCAUUUUUAAUUCUAUUAUCAGAGCACUUGAACACAAUUCUAGGUUCGAGGCUUGUGUUUCUUGUUUUGUUUUCAUGUUGAGGCGAAAUGUGAGGCCUAAUAAUCUUACUUAUCCAUCUCUUUUCAAGUCCAUCGCGGCUUUCGGUGAUAUGGGUGCUGGUAAGAUGCUACAUUGUGAUGCUGUGAAAAGGGGUGUUGAUGCUGAGUCUUAUGUUAGGCUUUCUUUGAUUGAUAUGUAUGUUAAAGUUGACUUGUUGGGUUAUGCACUACAAUUGUUUGAUGAAUUGUCUCAACCACAUAAUAAUGUUUUAGUUUGGAAUGUGUUGAUAAAUGGCUGUUGUAAAGUGGGGGAUUUGGGGAAGGCUGUGGAGUUAUUUGAGGCAAUGCCUGAGAGGAAAGUUGGGUCUUGGAAUUGUUUGAUUAAUGGGUUGAUGCUAAAAGGUGAGGUUGAUGUGGCUCAAGAGUAUUUUUCUAGGGUGCCAGAAAGGGAUGUGGUUACUUGGACUACAAUGGUUUCCGGGUUUUUGCGUGAGGGGCAGUUUAAAAAAGCUUUGGCAAUGUUUUCUAGAAUGUUGGUGGAUGGUGUGAUGCCUAAUGAGCUUACUAUUGUUCUUGCACUUUCAGCCUGUUCGAAAGCGGGAGCUCUUGAUACUGGAGUUAGAAUUCACAGUUAUGCAUGGACUAGUGGUUUCCAGAUGGAAAUAGAUGUUGGAACUGCUCUGAUUGACAUGUAUGCAAAAUGUGGGCUAAUACAGUCUGCAAAGCAAGUCUUUUCCAUGACUAAGACUAAGAACAUCCGGACUUGGACUGCCAUGAUAUGGGGUUGGGCGAUACAUGGUUAUGUUGAGCAAGCUCUUCACUAUUUUGAUGAGAUGAAGUUGUCAGGAUUGAAGCCAGAUGAAGUUGUAUUCCUCGCCGUCCUAACUGCAUGCUCACAUGCUGGACAAGUUGAGAGGGGACUACAUUACUUUGACUCCUUGGUGUUUGACUAUUCCAUUAUACCUACGAUAAAACACUAUGCAGUAGUGGUGGAUUUGUUUGGCAGGGCCGGCCGAUUGGAUGAAGCCCUUAGUUUUAUAGAGAAUAUGCCACUAGAACCUGAUCUUGUGAUGUGGGGAGCUCUUUUUUCUGCUUGCAGAGCUCACAGGAAUAUUGAAAUGGCAGAAUAUGUAUGUCAACAGAUUUUACAGCUUGAGGAUAAACAUCCUGGGAGCUUUGUGUUUCUGUCAAAUGUUUACGCUGGACUUGAGAGAUGGGAAGAUGUUGAGAGAGUAAGAAGUGAAAUGAAGGUUACAGGUGCAGACAAGGAACCUGGGUGGAGUUACAUUGAGUUAGGGGGUCAAGUUCAUAUUUUUGUAGCAGGUGAUCGUACCCAUGCACUCACAGAAGAGUUAUACAUGAAACUGGACGACAUAACAUCUAGUGCAAGAGAACAGGGAUACAUGCCAGAAACCGGGUGGAUACUUCAUAACAUUGAAGAAGAAGACAAGGAAGAGUCACUAGGUCGUCACAGUGAAAAAUUGGCACUUGCCUUUGCUCUCAUUAGUACCACUCCUGGGGCCACCAUUAGAAUUGUAAAGAAUUUAAGAGUGUGCGGAGAUUGCCAUUCUAUGAUGAAGUAUGUCAGUAAGAUGUGUCAGAGGGAAAUUUUGUUGAGAGACAUAAAGAGAUUCCAUCAUUUUAAGGACGGAAGGUGUUCAUGCCAAGAUUACUGGUAACAUUGUCCGUGUUGAGCUUAAAUUUGUUCACUUCACCAUUCAUGAUGUAUAGUCUAUACUAUACCAUAAUAAGCCAACAUGGGUAUAAUUUGUAAUCCUCCUUUUUGUUCACGUUAUUUGGUUUGGUCUUUUUUUUUUCGUUACUAGACUAUUACUUAAAAAACGGCUCCCGUUAGGAUUCUCUCUCCCAAUGGACAUUGGUUUUACAAACUAAAGCAAAUACUACAGAAAACAAACACCUUGAACCACCGCCCUCUGUCUUCCUCUCCGUCUCGGCGAACUCCGUAGCUGGACAUUUAUUCUGCUUUUCAUUCCAUCUCUCAAGAACUUCAUCUUCCCUAAAGAAUAUUGUGCACGGGGAUACUAAAUCUGACAAUCUAUUGAUUACUAGCUCUGGUACAGUAAAGAUUAUUGAUUUUGGCGUCAGCCAAGUUUUUGAGGUACUGAGCUAUAUUCUGUUUUUUGCUUAAUGUGCUAAGCAUAAUCAUCAAGUAUGUUAUCUACUAAAAGUAGUUACAUGAGUACAUACUGCCUGAUGUUUUGGGAAGCAGUUCAGCGCUACUAAAAGCAGAUGUCUCCUCUUUUGCGAUGCAAAAUAUUCUUAGAAAUGUUCCCUACUCCAAGUACCUAAAGGCAGUUCAGCAGCUGCUUGAUGAAGUUGUCAAUGUUCAUAAAGCUCUGAAGCAGCAUGAGCGCAAGAAAGACCGUGUAGGAGAUUGUGUUGAAGCAGACAGAGCAUCUAUCGAUGGAACCUCAGCAUUUCCUGCAGCUGGACAAGAUUCAACCAGCAAUGGCCCAAAUGAGCUUUCAGCAUCUGGAAAACAUGAAUUGCAGAACAAGAUGGCAAAGUUUUUGUCUAUGCUGGAUGAGGUCUAAAAACGGUACAAACAGUACUUUCAUCAGAUGCAGAUUGUGGUAUCUUCAUUUGAUGUAAUUUCAGGAUCUGGGGCGGCCAAACCCUACACUUCACUUGCUCUCCAGACAAUUUCCCGCCAAUUCCGUUGUUUGCGUGAUGCCAUAAAUGGACAAAUUAGAGUUACUCAAGUAAGCCUCAGGGAGCAAGAUGGCUCAGCAGUUGGAAUAUGUCGACUCCGGUAUGUUGACCAGCAGCUUGCGUCAGCCAAGUUUUUGAGGUGUUCUUCCAAAAAGAUAUAGGAUACCUACCAUGGAUGAUCUAAAUUAGGACGAACUUCCCGGAGGAAGGGUAGACUUUCUUGGCCUUCUUGAAGAAGUAAGUAAUUGUUUAAAUUACAUUAUGAAUUUUUGGGAAUUUGGAUGUCUGUGUCAAAUUUCAGAAUUAAUUUUUAUAACUAUAUCCAGAAGUCCACCAAAGAUGUCAAAAAAUGUGCUGUCACCAUGGCAGCACUUCUCUUUAGGUACACUAUCAUAUACUACUAGGCCUGUACGCGGUUCGGAUUGGUUCGGUUGGAGGGUAAUAACCGAACCAAACCGCAACUUGCGGUUUUCUAAAAUCUCAAACCGCGACCAAACCGUUGGUUAAAAAAAACCAACCAAAUCCACCCACGUAAUUGCGGUUGGUUGCGGUUUGAGUUGCGGUUCAACCGCUAAAAUAGUUAGACAAAGAAGUUCUAUCAUACACUCUGAUAUAAGUUUCCAUUUGGAGCAUGGAAUAAAUUACAGUCAUGGACACAUUGACUGAUUUAUAUUGGGCGUUGCUCAAAGAGUCCAAAUUUCAUUAAUUUAGUAACUUUUAUUUAUUUAUGUGAAUAUCUAUAUGUAAAUAUAUAAACAUAUAUAAUAAAAAUAUUUAAAUUUAUAUAAUGUGCCGUUGGCGGUUGCGGUUGGUCUUUUGCGGUUUUAAAAAAAAUGAAUCCGCAACCAAACCGCAAAUUAAUGGUUAUUAAAAAAUCCAUCCGCGACCGCCCACAUUGUGCGGUUAUCCAUAAUACACGGAUCAGUUGCGGGUGGUUGUUGCGGUUGAUGCGGUUGAGCGGAUUGAAUGUACAGCCCUAUAUACUACUAUGGAAUUUCAAAAUGUUUACUACUUUUAAAAUUAACUUUUUAAGAAUUUAUUUCAAAUUCUGAAAAGGAGUACAAUUAGCUGUUUAAACAAGAACCUUUCAUGCUAAUCAUUUGGAAAGUGAAAAAGAGAAAGAACCUCGACUGACAGAUCAAAAGCCAGUGUGAUUUUGGUUCAGUCAAUUUUGCACUUAUAUUAUAGUCAUUUAUGCCAAGUGUUCUCUUUUGUGUAUCGCUACCAUUUUUAAACCCAAUUUUUUUCUAGGCUGCAUAGGUUGGUCCUGAUAGAAAUCAGACUACAAGCUUCAUAAAGAGAAACUUUUUGACGAAGUGUGAAUUCUUUUUAGGUUUAAAAUUUGGCGUUUAUGUUAUUUUCCAUGUCAAGUUCUUUGCUUAUACUAAUAUUUGAGCAUAUAUAGGAAGACAUAAGUGAAUUAUUAACAACACUAUAUUGUGGGCAUCAUUUUUGUCCCUUAGGAAAAAAAAAUUUUGUAUGUUUUUUAAGUGGGAAUCAGACAUUGCAUAGCUUGAGCAAGGUGUGUAACCCUCCUUUUGAGGUUUCAUCCUGUCUGACAUAAAACUGACUCAUAUAAUGAUCUCACAAUAAUCACAAAAACUGAAUCUUCACGAUUAUUGUUCAAUGACUAUAAGACUAUCAGUUGCAUAAGGUAGUGGACUGUAUUUUUCAAUUUGUGAUGCCAGAGACAAUUCUAUCCUUAGAAUAUGAAAUAUAAUCUGCGGUACUCUAGGUAAGUGUUAUAAGUAAAAUAGUAAUAGUGCUAUUCUAAAUUCCUUUAAGUUGGCUUACAUAAUACUACUGCUUAGUUUUGACAGAGUGCAACUUUUCAUUUCUUCGAACCUGCUAAGCUAAUUCUUAUAAAGGGAAAAAUUUGAGAAAAAAGACAUCAAGAGGCUUACUAAGUCCUAACUCUGCCUUACAUUUGAAGACCUUAGAUAGAACUGUUUUUCUUCACCUUAUGUAUAUUCUCUCUCUGUGUAUGCAUGAUAUACACGCUUGAUUAAGUUUUGGUUUGUUUAUCCUCUUUUGUAGACAGUGUGUACAAUAUUAAGUGUUAUAGUCGGAGGCUUAGUAGCUGAACAUUCGGUGUUCGGUUGCUCAGCAGGACUUCUCUAACGUGAAGAAGGUCGGCUACAUGUUCUGUGUGCUAAUCCUUGGAGAUUCAUCAAAAUUGUAUAUUACUGGUUUUUAUCACUUUUUUAAAAUUAUUUUUAAUUCAUUAUUAUGUAAGACUUAUAAUGCAAGUGAUUUAGACACUUAAUAUUAUUAUUAUUGGUAAGAGACGUUUUUAGUUGAGUUAUCCAGUUUAAUAUGUGGAAUAAUCUUAUACUGUCAACUUUCAUAUGACUUUCAUAUGUUGGUUUAUUCACUAAUUUCCGACAGAUCCUUUGACGUUAUACUUUACUUUAUCGUCUUACUUAUGAACACUAACCAAUCCACUUAUUGCACCCAUUCCGGAUGCUCCCAAUACGAAGAAGAAAAACAACGUAUUGCUUUGAUAUAAACUUCGGCACUGAAACCUGAUGUAUUGGUCCCUGUAUGACACAAGGUAUGGUACAAAAAUGUUGUACCAUAAAAAUACAGUCACCAUAGACAACUAAUGCAAAAUUUAUUUCCCUAACACAUCGACACUUUAGCCCUAACUUUGCUGGAAUAUUGAUUGUUCGUACUAAUUUAUAUCUAUAUCUAUAUCUUCUUAAUCUAUAUCUUCUUAAUGUGUGCAAUGCCCGUUUAGCCUUUUACCCACGGGUUACCCAUGUUUUACCCGAUUCCUAAUCUAAAUUACCUGUUCUCCAUGACCCGUUUAGAAAGAAAUAACCGGCUAUAUAACUCACUCCGCCAACUCAUAUAUACACCUUGCCUUCUUCACGAAAAUUGAUUGCUGAUUUAUUCUGUUGUCUGCUAAUUACGGGAUUCAUCUCUUCCAUCAUGGAAAGUGCAUGUAAUCAAGGAUACAUAUUAGACUAUGUAUGUUAUUUUUCAAAAUUCAAACUGAAGUUCUUUGCUUGCUAUGGAAGAGUUCUUGUGUGGGUUUGUAGAGUGAUUUUUGGCAAGAGUCUCACCGGCUAUGGAUUCACAUUCGCAGCAGCCAAUGAUUAAUUGGUCAAACUCAGGUCGUAAGAGAAAUAAAGAAAAUCAAGCAGAUGGUUCACUUGCUAGUAUUGGCGUAACCAUUGCCUGACAUUCAUCAAUUGAGCAUUAUACUUUAUGCCGUGUUUGUUUAAGGUAGGAACACCACGUGUUUGUGUUUUUUAUUCACCGCCGGCACCAUGUGGCAGUUAGCCGUCACCAAGGAUCUGGUAAUGCUCUGGAUUUAUUUCUGCAAAGACGCGCUGAAAACAUUAAGAAAUCCAGGACCAUCGGGACUUCGUCAGCGUUUGACAAUAUCAGCUCAGGAAAAAAUGGUAUUCACGCUCUCUCAUUGCGUAGACUUGCUGAUUUGUGAUCGAUGUCGUACAAUAUGUAGGCAACAGUCAUUCUCUUCUUUCCAGCAGUCGUCGGUAUGCGUCGGUUGCAGUAACCUGUGAAUCGGAUUAUGCUCUUAAAGCCACAGGUCGUGUCCCGCUAUCAACUAUUGACCAGAAUGCAUCAAAUCAAUCAAUCAGGCGUUCUCCAUUGUCCAAUAUUGAUCAAAAUGCAAAUCCCGGCUUUGUGUUGGAUUCUCCGUUGUCCAAUAUUGAUCAAAAUGCAAAUCCUGGCUUUGUUGUGGAUUCCAUUUUAAUUGUCCACCUUUAUAUCAUGGAUAUAAAUUUCUGUAUUUGUUGCUCACCGUGCUGAAAUGUGACUAUGAUGUUGAAAUUUGAAAUCAGGUGUCAAGCGUAGAGGUCGUGGACCAAGCAUUGAAACGUUGUUUAAACAGUCUAAGAAAUUAAGCACCUCAAGCGAUUCAUCCAAAAAUCUGAGUUUUUUCAAGCAUGUAUAAUUUCAAAGGCAGUCAUACACAAGUUUACACGCGUGAUGCUUUCUACCAGCAAAUGCCACAUUCUCUCGAAGCGAUUUCUGUAACAGUACACUGUCCAGCUCUAGACAUCAUGCAUCAUGUGAUCCCAAUAGUGCCACAGGUAUGUAAAAUAAAAUAUAGUAAGUUGCGGCAAAGACUACUAUUAACUCUUGCGGUUUAUGUUCAGUCCUGAAGCGUAGAGGUCGCACGACCUACAUUCUCAAUUUGCUGUGGGGAUGGAAUGGUGAGUCUUCCAUUAGAAGACUCAAUUAAUUAUAGGUUUCGAUUUAAGGCUUCUUCGAAUUAUGGUUUUCUUAAUCAAUUUCUUGACUGCAAUUUACAUGUUCUUCUGAUUAUGUUUAAUUGAUUUGUUUUCAUCUCCCAAAUUUCAUUGAUUUAAAUUAAUUAUUUUGUUGUGUAAUAUUUAUGGCACUGCCUUAUAUUGUAUGUCUCCAUCUAUUGUACAUCAUUCGUCCUUAUUGGAUGUGCACUUUUCCAGAGGGCUCCCCUUGAUGCAGGAACAGUUUUCUCAGUUUUGGCAGUGCUGUGCAUUAUAGCAGAACCUAUUAAAAUAAUACCUGAGAUUCUUUCUAUGCUAAUUCAAGUCAGAUGCUCAUUUGAGAGAAUCAAUUCUUUUCUGCUUGAGGAUGCACUGAUAAGAAAUGAAAAUGCAAGUCUUUGUCAAGCAGAUCGGAAUUUUAGGACCAUAUAUAAAAUGAUUUAUAGCUUGAUUUAGUGGAUUUUUUUUGCAAAUGAUGUCAGAUGUAUUGUUUUCUUUCUCUUAAGUGAUAGUAUUAUCUUUCCUAUAUUUCUGCCUAUAACUCCUUAUGAUUGUAUGAGAUUUUAUGUUAGAAUUUUUCAGGUCAUAAAUUGAGUUGUUUCGUGGUAGUUGUGUUUUUAACACUAAGCCCUGUAAAAAUCUACACACUUUUUAUAAUGUCAAUAAAGGGACUGAAUUCUGAGUCCCUGAAUGAAAAUGUGAAUAAUACUCAAUAUGCUAUCAGAGGUGAGUUGUAUUUUCGAGCCUUGGAGCUCCAAGCGCAAGGGAAGGAGGUAUGGGAGACUUGGUAAAAUUUAACACAUGCCUUCCAUUUUGUCAAUAAUAGUAAUAUUUACGCCUUUUACAAAGCAAUUUUCUCAUCUGAUCCCUCAAAGCAUUUAUUAUAAAUAUCAGUCCCAACUAUUCUUUUGCAGAUAAUCUUAACAAAUGUUGGAAGUCCUCAUGCUCUGGGACAAAAGCCUAUAGCUUUUCCUUGCAAGGUGGUUGCUCUGUGUCAAGCUCCAUUUCUGAUGGAUGAUCCGAAUGUGGGGGUACUAUUCCCUGCAGAUGCCAUUGCCAGAGCUAAACAUUACCUGUCAAUGACCUCGGGCGGUCUAGAACUGUUCGAUUUGUAUAGGCCUGAAAUCUCACUGGUGAACAAAUCUCGCUGGUGCGGAGGCCCCUCUAUGGCAAGUUGAAACAAAGCAGUUCCACCAGGCUGCAAAUCCUGCACCAGAACCUGAGAUGCUUUCUUGGCACUAGAGCCACCUCUAUAUAGCCCCUGUUCGAAAAGUCUUGACGGUGUAGAAAUGUUUGGUUUGACUUCGCCAGCUAUUGUGCAGGCUGGAAUUCCAGAUGCAGUGGUCAAUUUAUUUAAUGGAUUUGGGCAUAUGUAGGUGGUGCUGCUCUAACUUCUCACAUGGACGUGAGAAGGUACACAUACUGAUGGAUCAUACAGAUUCAAGAUUAUUGACGAGGUACUUUUCACCGGCAGUUUGGCUGGUGGGUUGGGAACAAUGUUACAUUGUGAUAGAUUUAGGAAGCGUCUGCCUACUUCUACUAAAGUUAUAUUUUUGUUUGAUAUGAGCUCAAGCUUAGUGACUUAAAUUUGUUCCCUGAUCAACAGGUAUAAUCCUUCUGGAUUUGUUGAACUUCAUCAAGAUUAGGGCAUUAAUUGAUACUCCUGCCUUGGAUUGGCAGAGUCAAAAUCCUAAAGUGGUAGAGGAUUGGUCAUGGUAUGGGUGGGAGAAGUGGUGGGCGUGGUUUUGGUGCAUGACAAUCAAGUUACUGAACGCAGAAGAGAUUGGAAUACCUCUAAGUUCUUCCCUCAAGCAAUAGAGUUUUAAAGGAUCAAAGUAUCAAGGACAUGUUUGAAGUGGUUGCUAAGGAAACUGGGUUCACCGGAAAUGAGAUGGUUAGCAGGGGUCUAAAGUUUUUGAAUACUCAUGAAGUUGUUGGGGAGGAAAAAUUGUAAAUUACAUAUGGGAAUGGUUCUAAAAACUCCGGCUAAUAGACUGAUUGUGGUGUCUAAAGCAGGCUGAUCAAGUGAUAGGCUGAUAACAAUUUUUCUAAAGCAUGUCUUCAGUGAAAGUUGUGAUAAUUUCUUUUUUCUGGCAGUAUACUACAUUGAAUGCCUCCAUAGACUUCUCUGAUUGGAUGUUUCAGAAUUUUCAGAAAGUUUUAAGAGAAGGCCAUGCAGAAAUUGCCACUCUUUGCUGGACUAUUUGGAAGGCCCGAAACGCCUUAUUUGGAAUUAAAGACAUACGUCACAUACACAUGUUAAUGCAGCCGUUGCCUUAGCUAAACAACACUUUAGACAAUGGAGAAAUGCCUAAAUUUGGCUGUCCAAAACUCUAUUUCAGCAUCAAAUAGAUGGAGAUGGAGCAGAGAAGUAGAUGGAGAUGGAAAUGCCUAAAUUAUAUAUAUGUAUUGAACACAUAAAGUUUGUACCAGAACCCACCCCUAUAUAUAGUAUAGAUAGGGUUGGGUUUAACAUAUAUGUAAAUUAUAUAAUUUGUAAAUUAUAUAUGUAUUGAACACAAA